UGGCUAUGGCUACAUUGUUGCCGGCAUGAACUCGAAAUUCUCGAAUAAAAUGUGCUCGUCUCUCCAACCAAUGCAAGCACCUUUCGCGUCUUGGACGGUCUGUGUGAUGGCGUUAAUGGCGGUUGUUAAAGAAAGAAAGAAAAAAGCUUGCUGCUAUAUGAGGACAAGCAACAUAAUGCUCUUUUGAACAUCUGGUCUUUCGUCUUUUAUCAACAACAGCCCCUUGGCCCUUGCUCUUUACUUUCGAAGUCUCGGUUUUGGGAAGUUUCCGACAUAAAAAAUAUGCCGAGUACAGCCGGAAACAAAUCUCCGAACAACACCACAGCUGCAGCCGAGAUGAUCGGAGGUAACGACGACAUCGUUACUGAGAUCCUCCUCCGUCUCCCUGUCAAGCCCCUUUUCCGCUUCAAAUGCGUAUCCAAGCGUUGGCUCUCCCUCAUCUCCGGUCCUCAUUUCUCUCGUUGCUACCACCACCCCCGCGUUUCUGUCUCCGGCAUCUUCCUCCGCAGAAGAAUCCCAUCACACUUUCAGUUCGUCACUCUUGAUGGGACCCACUCUAAGCCUCCCUUCACAUCCCUCGAUUUCAUCACCGACAACGACAACGAUAGCGAUCCUCCUUGUUCUUCGCGAAUCAAGAUUUUACAGUCUUGCAAUGGAUUGCUCUUGUGCCGUAGCCUCAACAAGACACUAACAGACCAAAGUCAUCGUUACUACGUGUGCAAUCCUACCACCAAGCAAUUCUCAAAGCUUCCUUUCAUAAGUACCGAGAGACCCAUCACGAUAUUCGGUCUUUCCCUGGCAUUUGAGCCCACCAAAUCGCCGUAUUACCAAGUGGUCUGUGUUUGGAGCGCUGCUGUUUCAGUUUACUUCUACCAAAUCAGGAUAUACUCGUCCGAGACUCGCGCUUGGAGGCCUUGCGGCUCUCCAUUCGUCGUGCCGUUCGACAUGGUGUUCGACCAUGGUGUGUUUUGGAAUGGAGCAGUUCAUUGGCUUAGUCCAUCGGGAGCGGCGAUGUUCUUCAAUCUCGACAAGGAGAUCCUCGGAACAAUGCCGAGUCUCCCCGGUUCUGAAGCGUGGGGAAAGAGGAGGUUCAGAUAUUUCGGAGAGUCCGGUGGCCAUUUGCAUCUCAUCGAAAUCUACGGUGCUCGCACAACCCAAUUCCAAGUCUUUGAGAUGGCGAGCGACUAUUCUGGGUGGUUCGUGAAGGACGAGGUCGAUCUUGAUGGAAUUGUUGCUGCGUAUCCGGAGAUGGUCCGGAAUUUUCUCGACCCAUGUGACUCGUGUUACGUUGCGUUCGUUAUAGUUUUUGUUGUUAGGAAUGAAGAGGAGGAGGCAGAGCUCUUGUUGCACGUGCCUGGUAAGAUCUUAUCCUAUAAUCUUAGGGAAAAGAGUUUCAACAAGUGUUGCGAGUUAACACCCUACAGCAAUGAAUCUAGUAGCUCAUUGCAAUUCGGAUGGCUUGAUGCCUAUCAAUAUAUGGAGUCUUUGGCUUGUGUUUGAUUGUUUAUACGUCAAUCUUGGACUCCUAUGGUC